GUGGUCACACCUCCUGCUCAAGGUCACUUGCAACGGAGGUCAAGCUGCGUGGAGGUAGCUGCUUUAUAUUAAUGAACUAAUUUGACUGUGUUGUGCCAGUUGUAUAUCAGUUUCAACUUUAUAAAGCAGCCCUAGGUAGUACACAUCUUCAGGAAGUAACAAUGUUUCGAGCUGUGACCAAGAAAAUAGCAAAGACUGCGAAUAAAAACAGCCUGUUCUCUCCAAUGCAAAAUGGCCGUCGUUUAUUUACAACUACACCAAUGCGGAAUUCUGAAACUACAGCUUCAGACAGUGUUGGUGAUGAUGACAAGGAACCAAGCUUUUCCGACAUGGUUGAUGUUUUUUUCGACAAAGCUGCAAGUCUAGUGGAAGACCAGUUGGUGGAAGAGUGGAAAGGAAGGCUGACACCAGAAGAGAAAAGAAGUAAAGUACGAGGAAUUUUAAAAAUCAUCAAACCCUGCCACCACGUUUUAAAUAUUACAUUUCCUAUCAAACGAGACAAUGGAGAAUAUGAAAUGAUUGAAGCCCACAGAGCUCAGCACAGUCAGCAUCGGACGCCAUGUAAAGGAGGCAUCCGUUUUAGUCCUGAAGUCAACAUUGAUGAGGUGAAGGCCCUGGCUGCUUUGAUGACCUACAAAUGUGCUGUUGUGGAUGUACCAUUCGGUGGGGCAAAGGCUGGAGUCAAGAUUAACCCUCAUGACUACUCUGAGAAUGAACUGGAAAAGAUCACAAGGAGGCUGGCAGUGGAACUGGGCAAGAAAGGAUUCAUUGGUCCUGGUGUUGACGUUCCAGCCCCUGAUAUGGGCACAGGAGAAAGAGAAAUGAGCUGGAUUGCCGAUACGUACAGUAACACUAUAGGUCACACCGAUCUCAAUGCAGCUGCCUGUAUCACAGGAAAACCUAUUACUCAAGGAGGCAUCCAUGGCAGAAUCUCUGCUACUGGCAGGGGUGUAUACCAUGGAAUUCAGAAUUUCAUCAAUGAGUCUAGCUAUAUGAGCACGAUUGGCCUGACUCCUGGCUUCAAGGACAAGACUUUCAUUAUACAGGGUUUUGGCAAUGUUGGCCUGCACACCAUGAGAUAUCUGCACAGAGCUGGUGCCAUUUGCAUAGGUAUCAUGGAACAUGAUGGUAGCAUCUUCAACCAACAGGGGAUAGAUCCCAGGGAAUUGGAGGACUACAAGAUUGAAAAUGGAACAGUUGUGGGCUUCCCAGGGGCUGAACCGUAUACAGACAACAUGCUUUAUGAGAAAUGUGAUAUACUGGUACCUGCUGCUUUAGAACAACAAAUUACAUUGAAGAAUGCUCACAAGAUUAAAGCUAAGAUCAUUGCAGAGGGCGCCAAUGGGCCAACUACUCCAGGAGCAGAAAGGAUCCUGAUUGGGAAUAAUGUACUAGUUAUACCUGAUUUGUAUUGCAAUGCUGGUGGUGUCACAGUAUCUUACUUUGAGUGGGUUAAGAACCUUAAUCAUGUCAGCUAUGGACGUCUUACCUUCAAAUAUGAAAGAGAUGCUAAUCAGCAGCUUCUAGCCAGUGUACAGUCUUCCUUAGAACAUAAAUUUUGUCGUGGUGGAGACAAAAUUCCCAUCAUUCCUAGCAAGGAAUUUGAAGCAAAGAUGUCUGGUGCCUCUGAAAAGGACAUUGUCCACUCAGGACUUGAGUACACCAUGGAGCGAUCAGCAAGGAAUAUAAUGCGGGCAGCCAUGAAGUUUAAUCUUGGAAUUGACCUCCGUACUGCUGCUUUCAUAGUCUCUGUGGAAAAAAUCUUCAAAACAUACCAGGAAGCUGGAAUUACUUUUGCAUAACAUGCUUCCAGAUGAACAAGAGUCAACGGACAAUUUAUUCUGAGCAAACACUAUGUUAUAACAUGAGGGAGGUUUAUGCAUCCCUGUUGGGAGCUCUUACUAUUUAAAGGUUACUCGACUUUCUACACAAUGCAAUAUUCUAGUGGAUUUGUAGUUUCUUCACAGCUGCAAGAAAUGAAUUGUUGCUGCAAAGCACACAUGGUAAAUUAUAAGCUGGAUCAAGAAGUCAUGAAUAAUUAUAAAAGAAAAUUAAUAUAUUACAAUAACACCAAGUGGUAUCAAGUCAUCCAUAUUUAUUAAUAUAGUGCUUGUUGAUAUAGACUGGCAAUAGCAUAGUACUGUUUGUGCUUUUAUUUGUGCUGUGAAUUUAAGAAUUUUUCUGACAUUACCCUAUAUAUAUAUAUAUAUUUUCUGUAGUUAUGUACAUGUAAAGAAUUAUGACUAAAGCCCUUUUGAGCAGCUAGACCAUAAAGCCUUUUCAUCUGGUUAUUAAUGAACUUUUUAGGAAAAAGCCAGGAUUUUUACUUGUAACAUUAUCAUAAUUGGGUUGAAUUAGUAGCACUUUUGAACUUUUUUGCCUUCUAUUUCCUCAACACUUACACAGCUAUCAUUUGUUAGUAAUCAUCCUUUUCUGUUGCAGUAUCAUUAAACUCAAUAAAAUUUUUGAGAUACUCUA